GGCUACCCUGCCGCCCCUCCACUCUAACCACUAGGCUACCCUGCAGCCUCUACACUCUAACCACUAGGCUACCCUGCCACCCCAUGUUGAUGUUUAUUCCCCAGGAGGACCAGGGCUCUUCUCCAGAGCUGUUCCACCUGGUAGGGUUUGGUGUUGGGGCCCAUGUAGCUGGUGUGACCGGGGCCUGUUUGGAGGGAACAAUUGGCAGGAUCACAGGCCUGGAUCCGUUCUCACCGGUGUUUUCAGAGGCAGACAGCAGCCUGUCUCUGGAUCACACUGAUGCCCAGUACGUGGAUGUGAUUCACACCAACUUCAACCCCAAUGAGCCGGUAGCUCCCCUGGGGGUUCCCAGACCGUUGGGUCAUGUUGAUUUCUACAUUGGCAGAGGAUAUCAACUCCCUGGUUGUCCUCAGGCUCUCAUGAAAAGGGAGCAGUACUUGCUGUGCAGUCACCAACGGGCCUAUAGGUUGUUCACCAGCUCCAUCCGGUCCUCCUGCCCUCUCACAGCCUUCCCCUGCCAGGGAGUAGAGGACUUCCAGAGGGCUCUCUGUACACACUGUCACCACCCUGGCCUCAACAUCUGCCCCCAGCUGGGCUACGACAUCAGCUGGCUGCCUCCAGAUCGACCAAUCACCUUCCAGCCCCUGACCGCGGUCCUGGACAUCACAGCAACGGACCCUUUCUGCGUGACGCCGUUCCUGUUGGAGGUGCACCUGGAGGGAAACACCUCGUUAGAAGCCCAGCUAUUUAUUCAGCUGAAGGGAGACGUCAGGAAAACACCUGUCAUGUUGGUGUCCGGUCCUUCCCUGAUGCAGUUUGAGUCUCAUCAGAUACACCAGUUCCUGGUUUCUGUACGUCACACUGUUCAGGAGUUCAGAACCAUAGUACUUCACUUCUACUCUCAACGCCUCCUGUACUUGGCCUGGAGGAAGAGACGGAUUCACAUCAGUCAUCUAGUCCUUGCACAACUACCCAGACACCAGGGGCUAGUAUCUUACAGGACCCGGAGUGUUACCGCAGUGGAGAAUCACAGAGUGGAAGUGUAUCUGCAGAAGGAAGAGUGAAGAUGGACGGGAGG